AUGUAUCCCCCGUGUAUGCGUACGAGCACGGGGCAUUCGUGGUAUUUGUUGGUCGCCGUGUGGCAUGGAUUCAUGCCUGACCGUUUGUCAACCCAACGCGUCUGUUUGUUCGAAGAACCCCUCAUUAGGAUGACAACGCCUGUUAAUGGUUUAUCCGCGCCGCACCACACGGCGGACUUUCUAAUGAUACAGCCGAGCUCUACCGUCUCGACUAGCCGAACGCCAUACCCAAUCCGUGUAUCGUGA